UUUUAAACUGAACUACAUCACUAAUAAUGAUCAUAAACUGUGUGAUAGGCUACUCACGCACUUAAACACAAAUAACCUGCUGUUAUUCGAAACGGAGGGUGGGGGUUCAAAACCGAAAGUAAAAAAAAAAAAAGAUAAACAAGUUGACGGGACUAUAUCCGACGACCGACGGUCUCGUUAGCGCAGAGUGUGGAAAAGGCAAACGUUGACUGCACCAUGAGACGUCAAGAGAAGAUAUUACAAUCAAAACGCAACAAGGAGAAACUGGUUUUAAUCCUUUAAAUUUUUGUGUUUCAGCUGCAGCAGUAGAAAUGGCUGAGGAGAGGAAGAAGAGGAAGCGAUCCACGUCUUCAUCCUCGCCUUUAUUGUCUGAACAGCCAACCAGCUCCAGCAGUAAGCGGACCAGCUCAAUGUCCAAGGAAUCUACUGCUCCCAGUAUUGUCUCUUUGAAGAGUGAAAGAUCCAAAGGCUAUCCACUCAACUUUGGUGUUGAUGAGUCAAAACGUUCACAAUCGAGUGAGUCCACUGCUCCCAGUGUUGUCUCUUUGAAGAGUGAAAGAUCCAAAGGCCAUCCACUCAACUUUGGUGUUGAAAAGACACAAAGUGAGCUGACUGGGGAGCCGUCCAGCUGUGCGAUGUGUAUGGAGGUCUUGAGUGAUCCAGUCCGUUUAACCUGUGGACACUGGGCAUGCAAACAGUGUGUCAGCUCAGACAACCCCUGCACAAAGUGUGGAAAGAAAGUCAGAAAAGAUCCUGGACACCAAAGAGAUACUGAGGAAGACACUAGGGGCAGCCAUCUUUUGAAUGCAAAGAAGAAUCAUAGAAAAGCAAUGCAGAAUAAAUUUACUUUGACAUCUGAAGGUUUGGGUGACCAAAAGAAUCCCCUGAACAGCAUCUACACGACACUCUUCAUCAACCCUGGAGAGAGUGAAGGGCUACAUGAAGAACAAUCGUUCAGACACAUCAAACCUACAUUGAAAAAAAAAAAAUCUUCGGAAAAAUUAAACAUCAAUGACAUCUUCAAACGGUCAUCUGGCCAAGAGAAACCCCCCAGAACAGUCCUGACGAAGGGCGUUGCAGGAAUUGGAAAAUCAUUUUCUGUGCAGAAAUUCAUUCUUGAUUGGGCCGAGGAGAGAGCUAACCAGGACAUUGAUUUUGUUUUCAAUCUUGCUUUCCGAGAGCUGAAUCUGAGUACAGAAAACAAAAGCUUGCAUAAGCUCCUGACUGAUCAUCACCCUGCUCUCCAUGAUCUGAGAGAUUCAGAAGAUUUAGUCAAAGCCAGGGUUAUCGUGAUCCUGGAUGGCCUGGAUGAAAGCAGACUUCCACUGGACUUCAAGAACAAGCCGGUAACAUCUGUCAGUGAAGUAACAUCUGUUGGUAAUCUCCUAGCAAACCUCAUUCAGGGAAACCUUCUUCCUGAUGCCAACCUGUGGAUAACAUCCCGUCCAGCAGCAGCCAAUCAGAUCCCUGCAGAGUUUGUUGACAUGGUGACGGAGAUAAGAGGGUUCAGUGACCCACAAAAAGAAGAAUACUUCAGGAAGAGAUUCAGUAAUGACUUGAGCCUUGCUGACAGGAUAAUUUCACACAUUCACUCUUCGCAAAGUCUCAACAUCAUGUGCCAGAUCCCGAUCUUCUGCUGGAUUUCGGCCGUAUUAUUUCAGGAGAUCUUUGGGGGAGAAGAGAAAGCUGAGACUCCCCAAACUCUCACAGAGAUGAUGGCACAUUUCCUGUUUGCCCAGACAAUACGCAGAAGCAGAAAAUAUGACAAGAAGACUGAGGAAAACAAAGAGAGACUUCUCAUGACACACAGAGAAUUUCUUCUGAAACUCGGCAAGCUUGCAUUUGUCCAGCUGCAGAAGAACAACCUCAUCUUCUACGAUGAAGACCUGGAAGACUGUGGCAUUGACAUACGAGAGGCAUCCAUCCACUCUGAAUUUUGUAGCGCAGUUUUUAGGGAAGAAGAAAUCUUUUCCCAGAAAAAGAUCUUCUUCUUUGUGCACCUGACCAUACAGGAGUUCUUUGCUGCUCUUUUUGUCUAUGACUGUUUCACAAACAAGAAUACAAAAGAGCUCGGCAACUUCCUCGAUCUGAAGGACAAAGAACAUACCUUACUUGAUCUUCUGAAGAUGACCGUUGACAAAGUGUUGGAGAAGAAGAACGGCCAUCUGGACUUCUUCUUGCGAUUCCUCCUUGGCCUCAUGGUAGAACCCAACCGGAGAGUCCUUCAGGGUCUGCUGACAUCGCCGGACCCAAGCCAAGAUACAGACAAGAAAAUCUUGACUCACCUCAAAGCAAUCCGAAGAAAGGCCCUCUCUCCAGACAGUUGCAUCAACCUCUUCCAGACCAUGGUCGAGAUGAGAGACCAUAAAGUCAAAGAUGAGAUUCAGGAAUAUCUCAAACUGUCAGAGCGUUCAAAAACUGAGCUGACUCCACUGCACUGCUCUGCGCUGGCCUACAUGCUGCAGGUAUCGAAAGAUGAUCUGAAUGUGAUAGACUUGAAAAGUUACAACACAUCAGAUGAAGGCCGAAGGAGGCUGAUACCAGCUGUGAGGACCAGCAGAAAGGCCAUACUGGCAGACUGCAAAGUGACAGAAGAAUGGGUCAAACAUCUGGCCUUUGGUCUCAAGUUCCCCUACUCAGCUCUGAGAGAUCUGGAUCUGAGCAACAAUGACCUGAAAGAUUCAGGAGUGGAGCUGCUCUGUGAUGGACUGUCGAGUCAAUGCUGCAGACUGAAGAAACUGAGUCUGUCAGGUUGUCAGGUCACAGGAGAAGGCUGGGUUCAUCUGGCCAAGGCUCUGAAGUCCAACCCUUCCCAUCUGACAGAGCUGGACCUGAGCUACAACAAUCUGGGAGAAUCAGGAGAGAAGCUGCUCUCUGAGCUGAAGAAGGAUCCACAAAACCAGCUCACCAUACUCAAUGUUGAACACGGUGGAAGUCAACGGAUGAAACAGGGAUUCAAGAAAUAUGCCUGUGAUCUCACUUGGGACCCCAACACAGCCCACAAGAACCUCCUUCUCUCUGAAGGGAACAGAAAGGUGACCUGGGUGAAAGACGAGCAGCCAUAUCCCCCUCAUCUGGAAAGGUUUGAUCUCUGCCAGCAGAUGCUGUGUGAACAGGGUCUAGAUGAGCGCUGCUACUGGGAGGUUGAGGUGGAGGAGCCCUUCAACAUCGGGUUAACGUACAGAAGCAUUGGCAGGAAAGGGGAUGGGAGAGAUUGCAAGCUAGGGCACAACGACAAGUCUUGGGCUCUCAUGUGCUCUGAUGAAGGUUGUUUUGUUCAGCACAGCAACGACAAAGUAGAUGUAUCUUCCCUUUGCUCGCGCUCUAGUCGGCUGGGGGUGUAUCUGGAUUGGCCGGUUGGCACUCUGAUCUUCUACAGAGUCUCCUCUGACAGUCGGACCCGCCUCCAUACCUUCAAAACUACGUUCAAUGAGCCCCUCUAUCCCGCUGUUGAACUUCACACUCAUUCAUCUGCAUUUUUUGUCGGCUAAAGGCUCUGACACACCAACACGACAACCAACCGUCGGCAGAAAAGGCAGUUGGACUGAUCAGUCUCCCUGAGUUGGUCAAAAAAGUGCCUCGGAACACACCGAAGCGAUGCCGACUUGAGCGUACGUUCUGCGUGUGCGCGAGAUGUACUACGUCUCCAAUCUGUAUUGUCGCCCAAAAAAUGAAAACCGGCAGCACACUGGCCAAUUCAACAAGUCAAAUCGGCCCAAAUG